AUGGUGUUGCAGGACUUGGGAAAGCGCCUCAACACGGCCAUCAACUCGCUCACCCAGCAGUCCGCCAUCGACGAACAGGCUCUCGAUGCAGUGCUCAAGUCGGUCUGCGCAGCGCUGCUCGAGUCGGACGUCAACGUCCUCCUCGUCAAGCGACUCCGCGACAAGGUCAAGGGCAAGGUCCUCCCGCAGCUCGAGGAGAUCCAGGCCAAGCAGGGUCAGGAUGCAGACGCAAUGCAGGGAAACAAGGCGAAGCAGAUCAUCCAGAAGGCCAUCUACGACGAGCUCGUCGCCCUCGUGGACCCAGGAGAUGCCGCUCCUCCUGCUUUCAACCCCGUCAAGGGAAAGACACAGGUAAUCAUGAUGGUCGGUUUGCAAGGAGCAGGCAAGACAACGACUUGUACCAAGCUCGCCACGCACUACCAACGACGAGGCCUCAAGGUCGCGCUCGUCUGCGCGGAUACGUUCCGUGCGGGAGCGUUUGACCAGUUGAAGCAGAAUGCGACAAAGGCAAAGGUGCCGUUCUUCGGAAGCUACACCGAAACCGACCCUGUCUCAAUCUCCCUUCAAGGUGUCACCAAGUUCCGCUCCGAACGCUUCGACGUCAUCAUCGUCGAUACAUCCGGACGACACAGGCAGGAGAGCGAGCUGUUCGACGAGAUGCGGCAAAUCCAGGAUGCGGUCGAGCCGGAUAUGGUCGUGCUGGUGUUGGAUGGAGCGAUUGGUCAAGCCGCCGAAGCGCAGUCCCGCGCCUUCAAGGAGGCGUCCAACUUCGGUGCCAUCAUCGUCACCAAGCUCGAUGGACACGCGAAGGGAGGGGGAGCUAUCUCUGCUGUCGCUGCUACCAACACGCCCAUCAUCUUCAUCGGCACGGGCGAGCACCUGCAUGACCUCGAAAAGUUCUCCCCGCAGCCAUUCAUCAGCAAGAUGCUCGGCAUGGGUGACAUGCAAGGGCUCGUCGAGCGCGCGCAGGAGAUGGCCCUCGCCAACCCCGAGAGGCAGGAGAAGAUGAUGAAGAAGUUGGAGAAGGGAGAGUUCACGGUUAGGGAUUUGAAGGAUCAGGGCCCGCUGUCGAACCUCGCUUCGAUGAUCCCGGGCAUGUCGGAGAUGAUGGGCGGCGGCGGCGAAGAAGACGUCUCACGGCGAAUGAAGCGCGUCGCCUUCAUCUUCGACUCGAUGACUACCGAAGAACUCGACUCGGAUGGCUCGCUCUUCCGCGACUCGGUUCCUUCGGCCAAGGGCAAGGAGAAGGAGAAGGAGGAGACGACCGAGAAGGACCCUUCGAACCCGAUGGGAUUGAAGGAACCCAACAAGCGCGUGCUGAGGGUUGCACGAGGCAGUGGGACGAGCGUGCAGGAGGUCGAGGAGUUGCUGGCGCAGCACCAGAUGUUUGCAAAGAUGGCGAAGCGGAUGGGCGGCAAGAACGGCUUGAUGGGCAAGCUCGCGGCACGAGGCGGAGCAGGCGGACGACCAGGUGGAAUGCCCGGACUCGGCGGCGCAGGGAUGCCCCCUCUCGGUCCAGGCGGCAUGCCCGAUCUCUCAAAGCUCUCGCCGUCGCAGAUGCGUGCGAUGCAGUCAAUGCUCCCGCCCGGCGCGCGAGAGAUGAUGUCCCGUCCAGGUGCGAUGGAAGAGAUGCAGAAGAUGAUGUCUGGCGCGGGCGGGCUCGGCGGACUUGGCAACUUGAUGGGCGGGAUGGGCGGAGGGAUGGGCGACAUACUGAAAGGCAUGAUGGGCGGUCGAUGA